AUGGAACUGCAGGGCCGGGGAUCGAACUACCAACCUUCCGAGUGGCAGGAGAGUGCUGUACCACUGAGCCUCAGCCGCCACAGAAAUGAAAGUAUAGACGAGGUGCAGCCUGUUGGUUCAGAGGGACAACAGAACAACAGACUGUUCACUGCAGUGCCGCAGGCCAGCUGGGUGAGGAUGAAGAUGAAGAGCAAGCUGCUUUAUGCUCCCAUGGCGAUGGUAGUGAUGUCAGCAUUGGUCGGACUCACAUCUCCAACAACAACUAGGCGUGCUGCUGCCAGGCCAACAUGGACCACCACAACAGGAGCUUCUGGACUAAAUUUAAAUGGGAAGAUGUUCACUUUGUCUCGUAAUAUAGCAGGAAUAUCCUUCUAUUCACCCUAUUUUUCUCCUACCACGCCACCCUACCCAAGCCGUAGAUACACAACCCGUCCCUACUACACCACCACCCGUUCCUACACCCCCUGGACCACCACCCCACGUCCCCGAACCACCACCCCCCGUGCCCAAACCACCACCCCCCAAACCACCACCCCCCGAACCACCACCCCACGUCCCCGAACCACCACCCCCCGAACCACCACCCCACGUCCCUGGACCACCACCCCCCGUCCUUGGAUCACCACCCCCCGUCCCUGGACCACCCCCUAUCCCUGGACCACCACCCCCUAUCCCUGGACCACAGCACCUCCUACUAGAAGUGUGUCCGUGUGUCUGCGUUACCUGCCUGAUUACCGAGCAGACAUCUACACAAUCUUCACACUCAGUCCAUCCAGCGGAAGCCCUCUGUAUAUGGGAGUCAGUCCUUCAGGGUCGUACAGACUAUCCUUUUACGGUUAUUCCAACCUGUACUUCCAACCUUACAAAAGGUUCUCGUCAAACAUCGCAAUGGAAAUCUGGACCAGAGUCUGCCUCACUGUGGACACCGUGAAGAAUGUGGCCCAGGUGUUUAGCGACUGGAGCAUGAGCAUCAGGAAGAUGCUGCCUACUAAGUAUGUCUGGUCAGGUGAGCCUGUGAUUGAUUUUUCAGGUUUUGAUGGUCAGGUGACAGAUGUCCAGAUAUGGGAUUAUCCUCUCCACUACAGAGAAGUCUUCAAUUACAUGACCAGCGGUAGCUACGGGUCGUACUCUGGCUCCGCCCUCUCCUGGUCCUACAUCAGCUACUCUCCCAGAGGAGACGUCCUGUUGGAGGACGCCUAUGAACGGCGGUGGCAGGACCGCCAGCCAAUCAACCGCAGAAAGGAGAGGAAAGGGUGUCGGCCAAAGGGAGAGAAGAAGACCAGAGAGUUUUUCCAUUUUAACAAGGGAAAGAAAGAACAGCCUUAGUGAAACGCACAACGCCAGGCGACAAAAGCUGUAGCCUCUGUUUUUCACUUAUUAAUAAUAAUAAUAAUAAUAAUAAUAAUAAUAAAGAAUUGAUCAAUCAAGCAACAAUUAAUGAUAAAUGACAUUUAAACUACUACUGAUUACUGAUUUGACGAAAGCGUGAUUAUGUAUAUUAUGACGGAGCAUUAGGGCCACAUCAAAGGAAAAACAAAAUUAAGAUUUUUAUUUUGCAUUUUGAGAAUAAAGUCGAAAUGUCAAGAAUAAAGUUGAUAUUUCAAGAACCAAGUCAGACAUUUGAGAAUAAAUCAAACUACUAGCUUUACCUAUAAUAGUCUUCUACAAAAUGCAUUGUGAAGGCCUAUGUGAACUGGUGAAAUUAUACUUAAGAAUCACUUUUAAUAACAAGGAAAUUAUUUCUCAUUUAGCGUAUAAACACAGAAUGGUGAGAAGUAUUAGGACUUUGAAGAGAUUGUGCCGAAAAUUGUGUCUGUUCAGAAUGAGAAACCACACAAACUUGGAAAAAAAGGGUAUCGAUGGUUACACCUACGCACAAUACAGAGAGGAUAUGUUGUAGCCUAUCACAAUACAGAGAGGAUAUGUUGUAGCCUAUCACAAUACAGAGAGGAUAUGUUGUAGCCUAUCUCAAUACAGAGAGAAUAUGUUAUAUCACAAGACACAAUAAGACAAUUGAUCAAAUUGUUUGAUCCUAAAAGAGUGGAGCUCAGGUGGAUCUAACCCAGAGCCUAUCUAUGAUGCUGCCUACAUGGCAGCUGGCAUGGCGGACAGUCACUCUAAUGUGGUUAAGUGAUAAAGGAGUUGAAUUUAUUCUCGUCAUUUCAACUUUAAUCUCGACAUAAUUAAUAAUAAUUUAUACUUUAUUGAUUUAAUUAUUACACACAUUAUACACAGACCUGAAUCACACACACAU